AUGGGUGCUACAGACUCCAGCCAGCAGGCAAUUGAUCGCAAGCCCGCCGAGGCGCCUCCGCCUCCCUUCACCAAGUACCACAACGAUGUCGACGAGAUCCUGGAAAGCCUGGGAUACAAGCCCGAGCUGCAGCGUAAUCGCUCAACCGUCCAGGUCGCCUUCAUGGCUUUUGUCCUUGCCUCCAUCCCCUACGGACUCGCGACAACCAUUAGCAAUCCCAUCACUACCGGAGGUCCGGUUAAUAUCAUUUGGGGCUGGGUAGCCGUCUCGGCAAUGAUCAUUUGCGUUGCUGCAUCUCUCGGUGAAAUCACGAGCGUGUAUCCUAUCGCCGGAGGUACUUCGUCCCAACCCAACAUCUACAGCACUUCUGCUCUGACGCCCAGCCCCCGGUCUCCCAAGUUGAAUCCAAGUGUCUAUUAUCAAACCUUCAUGCUGGCCCCCGCUACAUGGCGGCGUGAGGCAAGUUGGGUCUGUGGCUGGCUGUUCGUUGUGGGCAACAUCAGCAUCACCCUGUCCGUGACAUUCGGCACUACAUUGUUCCUUGUGGCUUGUAUUAACGUUUUUGAAACGGAACCGGGCGUCGGCAUCCUCACUGGGGAACCAUACCAGGUGUAUCUUAUCUUCGUCGGUGUCACCCUCUUGAGCAAUGCUAUCUCGGCUCUGGGGAACAGGUGGCUCCCAUGGCUGGAUGCCGCCGCCAUUUUCUGGACCUUUGCUGGUGUCUUUGCCUUAAUUAUCGCCGUCCUCGUCGUCGCCAAGGAGGGUCGUCGGGACGCCGAAUGGGUCUUUACUCAUUUCGAGAAUAACUCUGGCUGGACCGAUGGGUGGGCUUUCUGCGUCGGACUCCUCCACGCUGCGUAUGCUACUUCAUCAACCGGCAUGAUCAUUUCGAUGUGUGAAGAGGUCCGACAACCCGACAUUCAGGUCCCUAAAGCAAUGCUAGUCACCGUUUUCAUCAAUACAUUCGCUGGCCUCCUCUUCCUUAUACCCGUCGUCUUUGUCCUCCCUGAUCUGGAAUUCCUCGCCGACCUUGCCUCGGCUCAACCGGUGCCUCCCACCAUUAAGAGUGCCAUGGGGUCUUCCGCUGGGGCCUUUGGGUUGCUGAUCCCCCUUAUCGUCCUGGGUAUCAUCUGCGGCAUUGGCUGUAUCACUGCUUCUUCUCGCUGCGUCUGGGCAUUUGCUCGUGAUGGUGCGAUGCCGGGAGCUAAGUGGUUGAUGAGAGUCAAUAAGCGACUAGACGUUCCUCUCAACGCCAUGAUGCUGAGUAUGGUCAUACAUUUACUGCUCGGCCUGAUCUACUUUGGGUCAUCGGCGGCAUUCAACGCCUUCUCGGGUGUCGGCGUGCUGACUCUUAAUGCUUCAUACGCAACGCCAGUUGCUAUCAAUCUUCUCACCAAGAGAAAGCAAAUCAAGGGGGCCAAAUUCCCGCUUGGUGCCUUCGGAUACUUCGCCAAUGCUGUGGCUGUCGGCUGGUCUGUGCUCGCAAUUCCGCUCUUCUGCAUGCCUCUGCGUCUGCCAGUCACAGUGACCAGUGUCAACUAUGCCCCUGUUGUCUUUGCUGCCGCAUGUGUUAUCUCCGGCGCCUGGUAUUGGGUAUGGGGCUAUAAGAACUACACAGGGCCGCCAACACGAGGCUAG